GCACGAUGUAUACAUAGCCACAUAGGUCACGCUGUCCGCGCCGAUCUCCAAACAUUCCACAAGUGGUUAGCUGUUUGGGGAGAAUAACAAGGAAUGGAAAACGCGAAUAAAUUGCUAUUUAUCGACUGUGAUUUACUUUGUGAUUUGUCUGUAUAUUCACUUCGGUAGAGUCAUAUUCACUUCUGUAUUUCGUCCUGUGAUCUUGUGAGGUUCGAUCACAGAUAAACCGCAACGAUGAAUAACGAUUUGGUGGACAGUAUUCUGAACAUGUACAAUACACCUGAGGCUCUAAAUAUAGCCAUGCCAGUUCCUUCUUCUCGGAAACCUGUGAAGAGAUCCGUGUUCGAGAAAACUGCCAAAAAACCGAGCAUAGAGUCAGAAACGGCCUAUGUAAAGGAAUAUGUAAAAAAGGACCAGGAGGAUUACUUGAGGUUGAGAAGUAAGAUGGUCUUCGACAAUAACGAUUGUAUGGACGACGUAUCGUCGGUGUCCGGUGGCACGGUAAUUCGCAAGGAGGAUACCGCUCGACUUUAUCGAACGUACAACUUCGCCUACCGGCCCAAGUGCAAUUUGCCCAUUCUGGCGAUGAGAAACAAAAUUGUAUCCAUGAUCGCGAGCAAUUCUGUCGUUAUCAUUCGCGGAUCCACGGGCUGUGGGAAGACGACGCAGGUGCCACAGUUGAUUCUUGACGCCGAGUUCGAGAAGAGGCAGCAUUGCAACAUCAUAGUAACACAGCCGAGACGCAUCGCUGCCAUGAGCAUCGCGAAACGGGUCAGCAGUGAGAGAGAUUGGACCGUUGGCACGAUUGUGGGGUAUCAAAUGGGCCUGGUGAAGAACGUGAGCCCCGACACUCGCAUAACGUAUUGCACGACCGGCGUGCUCUUGAACAAGCUCACGAACAAGAAGCACAUGAUGGAUUACACCCAUGUUAUACUCGAUGAGGUGCACGAACGCGACGAAGAUAUGGAUUUCCUUCUGCUCGUAGUGAGAAAGCUACUGCGCACCAAUUCUAUGACGGUCAAAGUUGUACUGAUGUCCGCGACAAUUGACGUGAACAAAUUCGCCGCGUAUUUCUCGACGCCGGUGGAAGAUCAGCUUCUGCCCGCGCCAAUCAUUGACAUACCAAAGGGUAGCCCUUACGAAGUUUCUAUAUAUUACUUAGACGAGUUGGAGAAUUUGGGCCUCAUACCAGAAGUAGACAUGGAACCAAAAUUCACAAGCGCUAUGGCGAAAUUUUCCGCAAAUAUUAUACAUAUUUUCGACAGUAUUGACAGUAAUAAUCAAAACGAAAGGUCCGCCGUGCUGGUAUUUUUACCGGGAUUCGUGGAAAUCGAGGAGUUACGUACUCUGCUUCUGUCAGAGAAUAACGCGGAUGUAAAAUGGGAUAUAAUUAUCUUACACUCGUUGAUCUCGACCGAGGACCAGGAGAAUAUAUUUAAGAAGCCGCCCAAGCAUUACCGGCGUAUCAUACUGUCGACGAACAUCGCUGAGAGCAGCAUUACUGUGCCCGACGUUAAAUACGUGAUUGAUUUUUGCAUGACAAAACUUCUCGUCACGGAGAGUUCAACUAAUUAUCAAUGUCUGCAACUGUGUUGGGCAAGCAAAUCUAAUUGUCAACAACGUGCCGGACGUACGGGCCGCGUGAUGGACGGCAGGGUGUACCGAAUGGUGCCAAGAGCGUUUUACGAGAACUACCUGCGCGACGAAGCUCUUCCGGAGAUACUCAGGGCCCCGCUCGCGAAUGUAAUUCUCAAGACAAAACUGCUGGAUAUGGGCGAGCCGAAAGCCCUCCUCGCCCUUUCUCUGGAUCCGCCCAAUCUCAGCAAUAUACAGAACACCAUAUUGUUACUGAAGGAAGUCGGUGCUUUGUUGAAUCGAGGCACGCAAGAAGUCGACGGGGAUUUGACGCCCUUGGGUCGCGUAAUGGCCAGUCUUCCGUUAGACGUGCGCGUGACGAAGUUGAUUAUCCUGGGUCAUAUCUUCGACCUCCUGCCGGACACGAUCAUCAUCGCGGCCUGUAUGACCGUGAAGGAUAUGUUCAACAUCGGACUGCACGAAUUGGAGUCGACCUAUUACGAGAAGCUGCACUGGUCCGCCGGAUCCGACAGCGACUGCAUAGCCUGCCUGAACGCCUUCAAGGUGUGGCGGAACGAUAAGGCGAAUCGCCGUAUAACCAAUCCUUACCAGGAGAAGGAAUGGGCGCGACGGAGGAGCCUUCGCGUGAGAUCGCUACGCGAGAUCGACGCCUUUAUAGCCGAGAUAACGCACAAGCUGCGCAUGUUCGGCAUAAGCGAGACGAUGGGUCCUGACAAAAUCACUUGGGACAACCUCUGCAUCGACACGUACUUCGUACUUAAGUUUAUAAUCGCCGGUGCAUUUUAUCCCAAUUACUUUAUCAAAUUUCCGUACAACGUGAACGAUCACAUGAAGGAUGUAGAGAAGACGCUGGCUUUCCGCGACCCAACGAACACCGUUAUCCUGCAAGGCUGGCCGGCGAACCAGCCUGGGUCGCUGUACUCUAAGAAGAUCCAGGAGAUCAUUGGACAGCAUACGAAAAAUAUCAAAAAGAUCGAAUGCGACGACGUGACUGUAUCCUUCGACGGAUCGAGUCGCGUCUACGUCGAAUACGAGCCGAAGAGUCGCGCGCCGAGCGACAACACCUUCGUGCGAAGUUGCAUCAAGCUGAGGCAGUGUCGGAUCCCGAUCAGGAUAAAUCUGCUGAGCCAGAUAGACGCUUGCCGCCUAGCCGAGGAGCUCAGGCUCACGACAGAUUACGGGAGGCAUCUGUUUCAGUCGUCGAAUCCGGAGGAACGGCCGGGCAGACGGUACAUGUACGACAAGAAGCCGUAUCCGAAUUUACCGGAAUACCACGAAUAUCCGUCCAAGGUGACGCUGCAGGGCCCGUACUCGCCGGUAGAGGUACACCUGACCCAUAUGGUGUCCUCGGGAAUUAAAAGGGUGUCCGUCGACCCCACAUCGGUGAACUCUGUUCUACUCGACACCUGCCCGGACAGUCCGAAGGGAAUUUUUCUGGUGACGCAGACCAUCGUUCGAGAUUCCAAGAAUAUGUCGCACCUGACUCUACGGAACACAACACUUUUGCCCGCUACACCGUCCGGCCUCACGUCGCUGACCACCUUGAUUUUCACACCGUGUAUGGAACUGCGACGUAGUCCCCUGGGCACUUAUUACACAGGCGCUCUGUGUGGAUUGGGAUACGAUCGCACCACGGGGAAAAGCUUGUUCCCGGGGCACGAUCUGGAAAUUAUAUUUGACGUCGAUAUUGACAUGAACGAUUUGAAAAUGAUUAACAAGUUACGCCACUGGAUGAAUGUUGCGAUGCACUUCAAUGUUAGGUCUGAAAUUGAAGACGAAGAGAAUUAUCACGACUUGACUGUAAACUGUCAAAAUAAAAUUAAAAAUGCGUUCAAGGAUGUGAUAUAUAAAACCCGUAACAAGCUGGAGCCAGUGCCGACCAGUGAUUUUGACAAGUGGAAUCGGUACGACGAGACUCUGUUCCUCGUGCCCGCUCGGGAAACUUCGAGGAAAAAUAACGUCUAUAGCUUGCACAAAGCGUUAGAACUGAACGAGAAGAACAACGAACUCGAACAAAUAAUCAAGCACCUGUUAGAAUUAGAGGUUUUAGCUUACAAGGACCCGCGUGAGACGUGUAUUGAACCUGUUUACUGUAAACUAUGCCUAAAAGAAGUAAUUGGCAUUAUCAACCUUCGUGUGCACUUGUGUUCGGAGGAACACACGACGAAACAACGAAUGAUAGAUACCACUGCUGAAUUUGGAGAUAAUCUGCAGAAUAUCAUGGACAAACUGAGGCUGUAAUAGAAUAAGUAAUUUGCGUGAAUUUUGCAUACAAUUAUCCUAUUUUUUUAUUUUGUGACAUGACAUUUUUUUAUUUUUAUAAGUUUGUGAUAUCGCAUUUUUUUUUUAUUUUUUAAAUAAAAGUGAGAGUCAUCUUUGUAGAUGUAGAUAACAGAUAAGUA